UAACUCGACCAGAAAGGCCUUUUUAGUUUAUUAUUCAGGGAUGGAUUUGAGGAGCGGGGGUGAGGGUUGAGGAGGGAGAGUUAAGGGGGAGGAACGGAGCCCAGAGGCAUUGUAUUUUGAUUGGCGCUCAGCCAUGAGUUAAUUAAACUUGACCAGGUGACUUCAGCCUUCCUAUUCCCUUCCAUCAUCUCCCGGAAUUUGUAAAAUGAAGACGGCACGGGCCAGAGAUCCCCCAGAGCCACUGCAGAGAUGAUUUCACUCCAGCCCAGCGGGUGGGAAGAGAUCUGCAGGGGCACCCCGCACAAGAGCUCUUCCCGGAGGUUUUGUUUGAUUCUUGGCUCUAACCUCAAGCGUCCGGCCCGGCACCGAUGCUCAAGGGCCGGGCGCACGGGGUGGAAGGGGAAAGGCUGCUGAGCUCCGUCUCGGUGUUAUCCUCUGCGCCACAUCAGGCCCUGCCACCCCUUCCACCAGCUUGUCAGUCACACACUCGGCUUUUUGUUUGUUUCCCCUUCCCUCCCACCCCCAGGCUCCUGCAAAUCCAGGGGGCAGCUGGGAGCCUCGUGGGGCGCCCUGCCAACUGCCUUCUCUAUGGUGACAGGAUGGAGACGGAUGGGCGGGGCUUCCGGCGCGGCCGGAAGUGUGAGGCAGCUAGGGGUUGGAGCCGAGGGGAGUGAUCGUCCCGUGUCUGGCUACUUCAGGCACCAGGUAGCUACCGUCGCCCGCCGCCUCUUCUUCGUGCCUGGUCGGCUCGCGCGGGCUGCGGUCGCUGGGAGCAGCCGGGGCUAGUGGCGAAGGAGCCCGUGGCUGGUAGUGAGCGGGGAACGGCGGCGGCGGGAGCGGCGCGAGGUCCCUCGGCGGCUCUGACAGCAUAUUGCAGGAGAAACCAGGACAUUAUUUUCUAGAAGUAAUGCCCACAGAAAGUGGAAGUUGUGCAACUGCUCGCCAGGCAAAGCAGAAACGCAAAUCACAUAGUCUUUCUAUAAGAAGAACUAACAGUUCAGAACAAGAAAGGACAGGACUUCCAAGAGAAAUGUUGGAAGGACAAGAUUCUAAACUCCCUUCUUCAGUUCGGAACACACUUCUGGAGCUUUUUGGUCAAAUAGAAAGAGAGUUUGAAAAUCUUUAUAUUGAAAAUUUGGAAUUGCGGAGAGAAAUUGAUACCCUUAAUGAGCGUCUUGCUGCUGAAGGACAAACAAUUGAUGGGACAGAACUGAGUAAGGGUCAGCUGAAAACAAAAGCCAGUCAUAGUACCAGUCAGCUUUCUCAGAAAUUAAAGACCACUUACAAAGCUUCUACUAGCAAGAUUGUUUCCAGUUUUAAGACUACAACAUCAAGGGCAAUUUGCCAACUAGUGAAGGAAUAUGUUGGCCACAGGGAUGGAAUCUGGGAUGUGAGUGUUACAAGGACACAGCCGGUGGUGUUGGGGACUGCUUCUGCCGAUCACACAGCUUUAUUAUGGAGCAUAGAAACUGGGAAGUGCCUUGUCAAGUAUGCAGGACAUGUUGGGUCAGUAAAUUCCAUAAAAUUUCAUCCUUCUGAGCAGGUAGCUCUUACUGCAUCUGGCGACCAAACAGCUCAUAUCUGGAGAUACAUGGUACAGCUACCAACACCUCAGCCUGCUACAGAUACUAGUCAACAAAUGUCUGGAGAAGAUGAAGUGGAAUUUUCAGAUAAAGAUGAUGCAGAUGGUGAUGGAGAAGGUUCCAGUGAUUGCCCUAACAUCAGGGUUCCCCUAACAUCACUUAAAAGCCAUCAAGGAGUGGUAAUAGCAGCUGAUUGGUUGGUUGGAGGGAAGCAAGCAGUAACAGCCUCCUGGGAUAGAACAGCAAACCUAUAUGAUGUUGAGACAUCUGAGCUUGUUCAUUCUUUAACAGGGCAUGAUCAAGAGUUAACACAUUGUUGUACACAUCCCACCCAGCGUCUUGUAGUGACAUCGUCUCGUGAUACAACCUUUCGCCUUUGGGAUUUCAGAGAUCCUUCAAUCCAUUCUGUGAAUGUCUUUCAAGGUCAUACAGACACUGUGACCUCUGCUGUGUUUACUGUGGGGGACAAUGUUGUUUCAGGCAGUGAUGAUCGUACUGUAAAAGUAUGGGAUUUGAAAAAUAUGAGAUCCCCAAUUGCAACUAUCCGAACAGACUCUGCUAUAAACAGGAUUAAUGUAUGUGUUGGUCAAAGAAUCAUUGCCCUUCCACAUGACAACCGACAAGUUAGAUUAUUUGAUAUGUCAGGAGUACGAUUAGCAAGGCUCCCCCGAAGUAACAGACAGGGCCAUAGAAGAAUGGUGUGCUGCUCAGCCUGGAGUGAAGAUCAUCCAGUAUGCAACCUGUUUACUUGUGGGUUUGAUCGCCAGGCCAUUGGCUGGAACAUCAACAUCCCUGCUUUGCUACAAGAAAAAUAAGAUCUGUGGAUUCUCCACAAUUGUUUUUUUGCCAUAGACUUUUAACUCAUGCAGAUAUUUCUGCGUAUUGAUCUGCCAUUAUUGUGAGAAUUGAACCCUAAAAAGGGGGCUAUGUAAAUGUUGUUUCCACAUUGUGCCCAGUUUGCAUGAAAUGAACUGAAAAUGUGUGAUCAUUUUUCUUCCCUUGAUUUCCCCUUGUGUAUUGACCUUUUAUAUACUGGCAUCCAUUGGUCAUUAGAAAUGAAGUUCACUUCCCAUAGAGCACAUAAAAGGCUCAUGAAUUAUUCCACAUUUGAUACAUGAACAGUAGGGCAUUACAUUUCUGUGAAUUCAGUGUCAAUGUGAAAUCCUUAUACUCGUUGUGAGAUAGGUAGUGGUCUCUUGCAUUUUACAGAAAAAUCAUAAAUAUCUACUAUAUUUUGAAAAGAUUGAAGGCCUGAAUUUGAGUUGAUGUAGUCACACUGGUAGUCACACAUUUCAUAUUUACUUCUUACAUGAAGUUUUGAUAUGUAGUGCUUCAGUGUAAUACAGCUUCAAUAUUAAGUUUGAGUAUAGUUCUGUAAAAAUAGCAUGGAUUUGAGAAGUAAAAGUUUAGCAGCUUCUAGUAUGUAUAGAAUGUUGACUCAACAUUCAAAGGAAGUUUCUUUUUAAAAAGAGGUGUUUUCUGCCCUAAUAAUAUUAAGUCAUUUCAAUUUCAUAAGGUCUUGCACUAACAAUUCCAAAAUAGGAUUCUAAUCACUGAAAUAUGUUGAAGCAAAAUUUAAAGCACUUUAGUUUAUAACUGUGGUUAUAAACAGUUUAUAGAAGUUUCAGAUGACUUACCCAAUGACUGUGACUUGACCUUUGUAAGAAGGACUUGCUACUUUUUGGUGACCUACCUGAAAACAAAAUCUUUUUUAUGUUCUACACCUUCAGUUUGCAUCUUUAUAAAUAGGUCCACUUCCCUGGUGGCAUUUGAGAGCCAGCAAUGCGAAUACAUGAGUACUACCUCACAAAUGAAUGUUAUGAACUUUGAAUCUCACUGUGGCCUAGUUGAAGCACUUUUGGUUUAUAGCUGGAAUAUUGAAUUAAAAUCAGAAGGGAAGAAGACAAUCACACCAAAUGUAUCUUGAAUAUAAACAACUUGUUAUUGGUUUGAUAAAGUUAUAACACAAAAAAAUUUGUAAGUUUGGAAGAUUCUUUUCUCUCAGACUAAUAGCUGAGACUAGAGCUAUUGCAAUACCUUAUCAUAUUGCAGAGUGAGUGAUCCUAUUACUCUUGGCUUCCUUGAGAUCAGAAUGUCAUACUAAAAUUUGUAAGUAUUAUUUCUUGUUGACUUGUAGUCUUACUUAAAAAGGGAUCUUGGUGUACUGCCCUUCACAUUUGGACAGCCAUUUUUCUUUAUUCAUGGUUUUCUCCCUUAUUUUUAGGUGAUGUGGGAGGGUGGUUCACAGUUUUGUAACUGAUAUACCCAUUCAGUAAUGUGUAGGGCUAAUUGGAAAUAGGAGGCUCUUCAGAAGAGCUUAUUGUGAGUGAAAAGAAUGCGACAUUUUUUGACACAAUACAUAGAACAGUAGCUGAACUUACAUAGUUAGAUAUAAUUUUGCAGGGGUUGAUUAACAUUCAUUGGUUUAUUCAGGAAUAAGAAGAAAAAAAGGAGGGAAUUCCUAAAAAGAGUGAGUUAUAAGUUAAAACAACAAAAGAAUAAUAUUGUAUAAAGCUGGGGUUUUUUUUGAUGAAGUGAUAAGAAGUAAAUAAACAUUAUUGUAGUACAUUUUUCUUUGAAACUCGGAAGGCUCUGAUGUGUUUUCAAAUUUGAUUUUUUAUUAGCUCAAAUACAGUUUGGGGAUUCCAGAGUUAGUUGCCACUAUAGUAAAUAAAAGCGCUCCAGGUUUCAGCUACUGCUUUCUGAAGAACAUUUUGCCAUAAUGCCUUGAUUCUGCUGAGGCAUUUGCUAUGACUUAUUUUUAACCUGUUACGCAUUAACUUUUGGAAAAUUGAUAUUCAAAAUACCGUUUCCUGUCCCCUUUCUUGUAUAUUCAAAGGCCUGAGUAUUAUUAACUUGCUCUUGAAUGCUAGAUUACAGAGAUAGUGUUAUUGACUUGAUUUCUUUUAAUUUGGAAAUUCGGAUGUUUUGGAAUCACUGCUGGAAAUAUAAAUAUGCAUAUUUACAUAUAUGCAUAUAUAUUAUACAUAUGCAUACAUUCAUACAUCAAUAUAUACACAGAAAUAACUGAUUCAACCUUUACAAACCAAGUUUUAGCCUGUUUUUGCUUAAUGUUUUUGAAGUCUUUAGAAUACAUGACAUGAAGGCCAUUCAGAUCUAUGCAGACUAGUAUCCAUCACUGCCAGUGGCUGCUUACUUUUACCACAAACUAGAGGGGCCAACCUCUGACACCAGAAAUGAGUAUACACACUCAUUUUCAUUGGAAGUAAAGUAAAUCCUCAAGGUGCUAGAGCUGAGUUCUUAGGAGCAGGCUAAUAUUUACACUAUUAACCACUGUAUCAUCUUUUAACUUAAUUUUAUAUAAUAUCUAUUUGUGGCCAUAAAUGUUAUUUCCAGCAAGUCAGGUAGGCAGUUGGUGAUAAUGAAUUUUUAGGGUUGAAAUUGUCAUGUUUCAUGCUGAAUGCAGACAUGUCCAGAAUUUCAUUUAAUAAUGGAGGAAAGUGUAUUAGGGAAAAAAUAUGUAUCGAUGCAGAAUUUCACAGAAGAUACAUUGUUAGGCAAGGUAGUGGUCUUAUGUAGCUUUCUUUUUCUCUACCAGUGCACAUCCCUUUUUUUUACAGAUUCAAAAUCUGUACAUAUUUUGGAAUCUGAUGUAAAACAUUUGCUGCCUAAAUUUGUGAAUACAAAUUUCUUUUGGAAGAAAUAUGUAUUUGUAAGUGUUGUAUGGAUCUACUUGUUUUUUAUUUACUUUUACUGUGCUGGUUGUUUUUUUAAGUGUUUUAGUGUCUUCAUUGAAAUUUGAAAUUCAUUAAAACAUCCAUGUUCUGUGAUUACUGUUUUUGAAGUUGUAUAUGAACUAUCUCAUGUUUUAUAACAUUCCAUAUGUGUUUCAAAUAGUCCUGCGUUGGUCAAUUAACAGUUUCUGAAAAUAAUUUUUAUCAGGCCUAGACGUUUUCCACAGCUGAAAUGAGAACAAGUUAGAUAAAAGUUAUUACUUCCAAUUUGAAUUUUUAAAAAAUCUUUUGUAAUAGGAAAAAUGUAACGUUCACCUUCUUGUUCAUUUAAUGAGGUACCAAAACAAAUAAAUACAAAAUUAUUUUCAA